UCACAAUUUACAAUCAAGAUGGUUUCUGUUGACUGCUGUAGUUAUUUGUUGUUGCAGCUAAAGACGAAGCAGCAUUGUCUAAAUAGUCUAUGAACGUAACAUUCUAUUAGGAUAAAUAACUGUUACGACAAAUUAAAUUUAUAAUUAAUUUGCUGUAAUAAAUAAAAACCGUCAAAACUUAUUUACAAAAGAAUAAGCUUGUUGCCGCGCAAUCAAAUUAUACUUUGUGCCAGUUUCGUUUAUUACAUUUCAUUGAAGUGCUGGUUGUGUUGUAAACCGUUUUAUUUUAUUAUUGUGCAGAUUAUAUUAUGUAUACAUAUAUAUCAAUAAAUAUUUAAUACAACAUAGUGUCAUAAAAUCAGUCUAAUGGUUUCAAGUUUUGUUAUAAUUAUUUUCACUUUCAAGAAAAAUGCAGGGUGAUGAUCCACCUUACCUUCCAGUGGGAACUGAUGUUAGUGCUAAGUAUAAAGGUGCAUUUUGUGAAGCAAAGGUAAAGAAAGUGGUACGCAACAUUAAGUGUAAGGUAACUCUUAAAGCUGGAGGAAUUUCUACCGUUAACGACGAUGUAAUAAAAGGAACCUUGAGAGUUGGCAGUACUGUAGAAAUAAAGCAGGAUCCAAAGAAAGACCCCAUUGAAGCUGUCAUUACUAAAAUACAAGAUUGUAGCCAGUACACUGUUGUAUUCGACGAUGGCGACAUCACGACAUUACGUAGAUCGGCUUUGUGUCUCAAGAGUGGAAGGCAUUUCAACGAGAGCGAGACCCUGGAUCAACUGCCCCUCACUCAUCCGGAGCACUUUUCCACGCCCGUUAUAGCCGGUAGACGCGGGCGCAGAGGCAGGGCACAAUCCGACGAAAGCGAAGGCGAAGGGAGCUCGCGUCGCACGAAGGCGGACAGCGCAGAGAGGGAGCCCCACGUCGGCCGAGUGGUCCUCGUGGAGUCGGCCAGCGCAACGGAGCGGAGGCGACCCCACCAGCCGGCUUUCCCGGCGCUCGUGGUCGCGCCGACCGCUCAGAUCAAGGUCAAGGAGGACUACCUCGUGAGGUCCUUCAAAGACGGCAGAUACUACACUGUGCCGAAGAAAGAGGCGCGCGAGUUCCGCAAGGGCGGCGCCCCUCCGGAGUGGAGCGGCGUGGAGGCGGCGCUGCAAUACCUCGACGACGGAGUGCUGCCGCCGCACUGGGACCGCGACUCGCUCUUCGACGAGCCCCGAAACACGUCCGACGACAGCUCGGACGACGAGCCUCGCGAGGAGAAGGACCACUUCGUGGCGCAGCUCUACAAGUUCAUGGACGACCGCGGGACUCCGCUCAAUCGCAAUCCCACCAUCGCCAACAGAGACAUCGACCUUUACCGACUCUUCCGAGUGGUGCAGAAGUUGGGAGGCUACAAUCGGGUCACCAACCAAAAUCAAUGGAAGACUAUAGCCGAUAAAAUGGGCUUUCACCCAGUCACCACGAGCAUCACCAACUUGUGUAAGCAAGCCUACAAGAAGUUCCUCCACAGCUUCGAGGAUUUCUAUCGCAAGCUGGGCGUGACUCUGGUGGCGCACCCUCGCGGCGCUCGGACGCCUCCAGCCGGCCGCUCACUCAUCCGAGACCGUGACAAGCAGCCGCCCGCGGCCGCCGCCUCUGCCACACCCGCCACGCCCACGCCCACUCCCACGCCCACGCCCGCGCCCACGCCUUUGGCCGCCGCCUCCACUCCCACCUCCGUCUCCUGCGCCUCCACCCGCGGGAGAGACAAGGACUCGGACAAGAGCGAAACGGAGAAGAGCGACAAGAGCGAAAAGAGCGAGAAGGAGGAGAAGAUAGAGAAGUCCCGGGUGAGCGACGAGGACGACAGCGCCGACAACCAGCCGCUGGCGCCGCGCUGCGCCACGCCCAAGUCUGAAAAGGAGAAGGAGAAAGACAAGAGUUGGCCCGCGAGCGAAGAGAGAGUCCCCGUUAAGUCUAGAUCCCUCUCGAAGACGAGGAGCCUCCCUCCCGCCAAGAGCGAGUCGCACGAGAAGCACCUCCCGAAGAGGAGGCCCCUGUCCUCGAAGCUGAACGAAGGCGGCGGCUCCAUCUCUCGAGGUUCGCGAAGACCCCACGUGUCCACCGACAGCGACAGUUCCGGCCGGGCUUCGAGGUGCGGGCUCGGGAAGAAGACGCCGAGUCGGCGGAGUCAGAGCGCCAACUCGGCGAGCAGCGGCAACACCGUCGCCUCCGACGGCGGCAAACGACCGCGCAAGAGGAAGUCCACCGAGCCGUCCGCGAGCGAGCCGGUCGGGAGAUCGGGCAGUUCCAACGUCAAGGCGCAAGUGGGCGACAGGCUCAAAGUGUACUACGGCCCCGCCCAGUCGGAAUCGAAGGUGACCUACGAGGCGAAGGUGAUCGAGGUGUCCCGCGGCGGACUCCUGCGCGUGCACUACACGGGCUGGAACACGCGCUACGACGAGUGGAUCAAGCCCCGACGCAUCGCGCUCAACGUCUCGCAGCUCGAGGCCGAGAAGGGGACGAGCGUCGGCAGACGAGCGAGGAGCAAGCGCCCGGAAGGUCUCGCGGCGCAGGUUUCGGGCAAAUCCGUUCGGUCGGACAGCGACAGCGACUCGGACGCGGACUCGAAGGGGCCGCCGAAGAAGCCGGACGGCAAAACCAGCCCGAAGACUCCGACGCAAUCGAAGGAAGCCAAGGCCGGCGGCGACGGCUCCGGGAAGCCUCGGAAGAGGCCCGGCCGAGCGGUGUCCACUCCGUCGGCCUCCUCCCCGCCCAAGAGGCCGCGUGCCGACGCGCCUCAUCCGAACCAGGGACGCCAAGGCAGGGAUUACGACCUCAACGAGAUACGGUCCGAACUCAAAGGGCUUCAAACCGUGAAACAGGAGCCGGAGGAGGCGAUCGACGGCGAGCUCGUCCCGGCCGACCGGUCGGAUGCGGAUCCCGCCGCGGCGCCCACGGCGUCCGCCGAGGGGACCCGGUCGGACGGACAGACCGAAGACGUCUACGAGUUUAAAGAGCCCGAGCCGUUCGAACUCGAGCUGCACGAUGAGAAGAAAAAGAGAACUCAUCGGAUCUUCGACGAUAUUUCGCCCACGAAGUACGCCUCGACGCUGUCCAAAUCUCUCAGCGAAGAGAUAUCCGAAGAUCCCUCGAGACCCCGACCGGCGUUCGGGUCCCCUUCGCCCUCGCCUUCGUCGUUCGGAGACUUUGUUCCCACUCGCGACCCCCCGGAGCGGCGGAGCCCCGAGGGAGACUCCAAAGACGGGUCGUUCUCCCUGGACGACGACUCUCUUCCCGGCGAAGGAAGUUCGGGGCCCGUUUUCGAAGGGUUCACUCCCGCUAAGAACCAAGAGACGUAUUCGAAAAAAAAUAAAGUUCCUAAAAUGCGAGAGAUGAUUGACGACUCUCCGGAGAGUCCGGCCGAUGAUGAGCGGUCGUCGGAAGACGAGAGCGAGAUCACCGUCAAGGAAGAGAAACGUUCGCCCAGCCCGGCGAUCUCGACGCCCGUCGUCACGAAAAUGGCCGAACCCAUCGAGGAAGACCCCGGCGAGGGAGAACCUGAGCCAAGCGAGGAAGUCAAGGAUGCGAUUACUCUUCUGGAGGCAUUGCCGCCUCUCGAGUCUAUACCGAUGCCUCCCGACACUCCGCCCCCGCAGGGCGAGCUCCAAAUCACCGGAGCCUCGCCGAAAGAAAACGUCGAACGGACUGAAGAUGUGAAAGAUGAGAAAAUAAGAGCCGAAGAAAUAAACCUUUCGUCGAUUCCGCUUCCCGAAGCCGAACCGAAAACACCGCCCAGGGUAAAGAUAGAGAAACUCGACCCCGUCCCCGCACCGGCCGAACUCGACGCUCCCGCGAGCCCGAUCGACACCGAGGAAGACAAAUCGGAACCCGACAGUCCCGCGCGGAUCGACGUCCUACCGGAGCCUCCUCCCGGGUUCCUUUUGCAAUCCGAGGGACCCAAGAUCGCCGAGAAACUGCUCAAAGCCAUCAACAGCGCCAAACGCCUGUCCACGUCCCCGCCCCCGGCGGAGGACCGUCCCGACACUCCCGAGAGGGUCCAUUCCACCGUCAAAAAGUUAGACGAAGACGAGUCGCCCGUUCUCAAACUAGAUUCGCUCAAGGCCCCGGCCCGGCUCGAGGUCGCCAAGAGAGCGAGUCCCGCGGAAGCGAAAGACUCCAUAUUCGGCGAGCCGGCCGAAGCGGCGGACGCGAAACGCGAAGCCGCGGAUAUCAAGAAGCUGAAGCCCAAAGAAUCGCCGCUCUCGCCGCUGCCGAGCGCCCCGAGCUCCCUCGAGAGGCGGAAGAGCGUGGCCGAUUUGCCGCUCGGCGCGGGGAAGAAUAACAAGGUGCUGAGCGACACUAUUCAAAAACUAUCCAGUCAAAUCAACCAAUCGGCGUCGGCGGCCGCUCCGCCCCCGCAGCCCUUCCGGCCCGAAGACGACGGAAGCGACUCCACGGAUUCGGACGACUCCGACAGAAGGUUCGUAGUCGUUAAGUCGUCGGCUCGCUCCGUCCGGCGCUCGGGCGGCGCGAACGGACAUUCAGAGACUGUUUUCGCGCAGGUUGAUCAUCGACAGGGCGGCCGACGAGCGGGCCGGGCCCACGCCGGCAAGUCGGCGGGCGAGUGGAGCGCCGGCCAGACGCUGCUCAUGCUGGAGGACGCCUGCAAGAACCAGCGCAAGCACGGCGCCAACGUGGUGGUGGCCGGCGGCAGCCGCGGCGCUGCGCCCGAGGACGACGGCAGCCUGUCCCUGCUGCUGUGCGAGGAGACCAUUCCGGGCUCCCCGGCGCCCGACGCCGAGCCGGCUCCCUCGCGCAACCCCGCGCCGCACACGCCCUUCGCCUGUGCGCCGCAGCACCAUCACCGGGACGCCCCCGGGGGCCCGGGCGUCUUCGCCGGGGCGGCUCGCGUCGCGUCGGGCGACCGGCGGCGCGACUCCGCCGAGGCGCGGCGGGUCGAGGCCGACGCGGCCCGCGACGACGACCGAGCCGACGGCUGGCCGAGGAGGCACGCUCUGAUCGACAACACUCCGCCCACCACGCCCGACAGCAGUCUGGACCUGUCGCCGCCCAGAGAGCGACGCACGUCGGAGCGAGACGGCCCCGCGGAGCGCAAGGACGAGGAGGAGGACGGCCGAGCGCCGCCCGACGGAGGCAGACCUGCCGCGAGCGGACGGGCGCGGCUGACGUCGGAGAGCUCGAGCGGCGGACGCGGCAGGGGCCGGCGCCCCCGCAGGGACACGGACGACCACCACCCGCUCAAGUACGACUUCUACGUGGAUCUCGACCCCGCCUGGGACUCUCGGUCGCGCAUCAAACUGCUGACGACGAGGAUGUCGGAUCUCCGCAAGGCGUACCACUCCGUCAAGGCCGAGUUGGCGGCCAUCGAUCGCCGGAGAAAGAAAUUGAGACGCAAAGAGAGAGAGGCCGUGAAAGCCGCCAAGGCGGCGUGCUCGUGACGGGUGCGGCUUCUCUCCGCCUCGAUCGUUGCAGAAUAGUGCGGCCUUCGUUCGAGGGUGCGUCGGCAGCCAAACUCGACCGACCGGCGUUUCUUUCGUUCGUAUGUCUAAAGAGAAAAAUGCACUUUAAAUAUGUACGAAGGUAUAUGUGUAUAUUUAAGUAAAAAAUUAUGUAUGAAUCGAUGUUAUAGAAAUUUACAUAAUAAAGCGUUUGCACAAUAUUCUCUUCUCCCGUCUCUCUCGUUUUCAUCUCACCACUGUUUACAUUUGGGACUAAAAUUAAUUUAUCUCUCACUCUCAUACUCUGAUGAUGCCUUCUUACGUCUCACGUGAAGUAAAUUCCGCCGCGAAGUCGAAUUAAAAGUUCCGCGGUGAUGACGUGAUUGAAAAGUGCGUUUCAUCGCUACCAACAUCGAAUAAUUUAUAUGCAUUUUAGGGUAAGUCUAUGAAAUAAUAUUAUUAAGAGCGCACUUGCCCGUCCGACGAACGGUUGCGAGCACGGCCAAAAAGCUUGUUGUUUCAUCCAGCGCAAUGUCAGAGCAAGAGGCAAAGCGUAAAGAGAGAGAAAGCGGCCGAGCACUCGCGGCCGCUCGGGCUGCGGGCGGUGGCGAGACAUUCAUAAAAAUAAUCUCGUAUCGCUCGCUAGCCUCGCUACACUGCCGCGGUGCCACCCGCCACUGUUACUAACUAUACUACAUUUCUCUAAAAUAAUGCAGGUUUAUAAAGACCUACAUUUAUUAUGUAUUACCACGUUGAUCAAAUAAAACAGUCCAAAUACAGUUGGAUAUAUAUUUCUUUAUUCUCAACAACUUUGUUACACUUUAUAAAAUACAUAAUAUAUAUAAAACAUAUCGGUUGUCGAGAAAAUUCAGAUUUCUUCCAAACACCAGCUUUUCAGAAGUGUUUGAAAGUUUUUUUCAAAUUUCCACGAAAUAUAGUUGGUAUUGAAGAAGGCUUGAAUUUUUGCUGCUAUUGGUCUAAGGUCAUCGGGUAUUUGCUAAAAACCAAAUUUCUUUUUAGUUAUAUACAAUGAGAAUGUAUAGGUAUGUACCAAGUUGCUUAUCUAAAUCAAAAUUAAAUAAAUUGCGCAUGCGUCGAAUGAUGAUGGUUUCAAGUGAACAGAUGUGGCGUUUUUAUUCUAGCAAAAAACCACACCGUUUUGAAGUUCGUAAUAAACAACGUUUUAUAUGUACAUUGUUGUUUUAUUAGUGCAUCAAAAAAUAUUAAUUAAAUUAACUUUCUCAUAAAUAUCAUGAAUGUCCUUGCUUAAGUUUCAAAUUUGUAAAAUAUUCGUAUUUUUAUACUUUUUAUA